UUUGACUUUUCCAGGUUAGGUUAUUAUUGGAAUUGAAUUUUAAAACUAUGAAAAUGAAACCAAAAAACAUGGAUAUUGAUGAAAACGAGGAGCAAACCAUCAAAACAGAAGAUGAUAAGGAUGAUAUUAAACCUUCCUUAAGCGGGCAGGUCUUAUUUCCAUCAGAAAACAAAUUUUCUGGUAUCAAGAACAAGCAGGUUCGAAUGCAACAAUACCAGAAAGUUAAACGAGAGAAAAAGAAGGCGAAGAAAGAAGCAAAGAAAUCAAAAGAUAAAGAAGAUUUACCUAAAAAUGCACCACACACUAUUGAAAGCUUAAGAGAGCAAGAUGAAACAACGAUAAACGAUUUAAAAGAUGAUGAAAACGAAUUAAUUCGUGAUGAUUUAGAAGAGGAUGAAUUUGGGGAUUAUUUCAAACAAUCGUACGAACCUAAAGUAUUGAUUACCUAUUCCGAUAAUCCAUUAAGAAAAACAAGAAUAUUCGGCAGGGAACUUACCAGAAUAAUUCCCAACUCCACAUCUUUGUAUAGAAAUCGAUCUGGUGUGAAGAAAAUCGUGCGAAGCGCUAUCAAAAAAGGCUACACAGACGUGCUAGUUGUAAAUGAAAAUCGCAAAGAACCUAACGGGUUAUUAGUAAUACACUUACCUGACGGUCCUACAGCCCAUUUUCGUGUCAGCAAUGUUCGAAUCACCACUGAACUUCGUAAAAACCACAAAGAUAUCACCGCACACAGACCCGAAGUGGUCCUGAAUAAUUUCACGACUAGAUUGGGAUUUACCAUAGGAAGAAUGCUCGGAGCUCUGUUUCAUUAUGACCCCGAAUUCGAAGGACAACGAGCUGUUACUUUUCAUAAUCAAAGGGAUUAUAUCUUUUUUAGGCACUAUAGAUACGGUUUUGAUGCAAAUGGUAAAAAGUGCCGGCUCAAAGAACUAGGACCUAGGUUUACAUUGAAAUUAAAAUCCUUGCAAAAAGGCACAUUUGAUAGUAAAUAUGGACAGUAUGAAUGGAUAAUAGAUGGGAGACGUCAUUCCAUGGAAACAAGUAGAAGAAAGUUCAAUUUGUAAUUUAUUACUGUAUUUGUUAUAAAAGUGAAAUAAAUGAAUUUUUUCUAUGGAA